AUGGGUUCCGCGGCCGCGACUACCUUCGAGUCAAUGUCGACUACCCACAAAGAGAUAGGAUCACCGGGUAGUCAUGAUAGCGGAUGUACCUCUCUGUAUCUGGGAAGUAAGCACGAUGCGUCUAUCCACGAUGUAUCCUCAGGACUGGAAAGCGUACCCGGCGAACCAUCAUUACUCUGGUACAAGAUUCGCGCAUACGGACGAGACGCCUUCUCCGAGUUCUUCGGCACAAUGAUCUUGAUACUCUUCGGCGACGGGGUCGUCGCCCAAGUGCUCCUCAGUCAUGGUCAGAAAGGGGACUAUCAGUCCAUCUCGUGGGGUUGGGGAUUAGGCGUUAUGCUAGGCGUAUACGUCAGCGGCUCCUCAGGAGCCCACAUCAACCCAGCCGUAACCUUAUCAAACUGUAUCUACCGCGGCUUCCCUUGGCGCAAAUUCCCCAUCUACCUACUCGCCCAACUCCUCGGCGCAAUGUGCGGCUCCGCCAUCGUCUACGGAAACUACAAAUCCGCCAUCGAUAUCUACGAAGGAGGCGCGCACAUCCGCACGGUACCGGGUUAUUCGACCACCGCAACGGCGGGAAUAUUUUGUACCUACCCGGCCGAAUUCAUGACCAAGACGGGCCAGUUUUUCUCAGAGUUCUUGGCUAGUGCGGUUCUGAUGUUUAUGAUCUUUGCGUUGAAGGAUGAUGGGAAUUUAGGUGCGGGCAAGUUAGCGCCAUUGGCGCUGUUUUUUGUGAUUUUUGGGAUUGGUGCUUGUUUUGGUUGGGAGACUGGGUAUGCGAUUAAUUUGGCUAGGGAUUUUGGUCCGAGACUUGCGUCUUAUAUGUUGGGGUAUGGGCAUGAGGUGUGGGCUGCGGGGAAUUAUUACUUCUGGGUCCCCAUGGUCGCCCCAUUCCUAGGCUGCGCAUUCGGCGGGUGGAUCUACGAUGUCUUCUUGUAUACUGGACUAGACAGUCCUGUCAACACGCCCUGGUUGGGUAUUAAGCGGCUGUUGCACCCUAGUCGCAGACAACAAGUAGCCCUCUCCAGUCCUGUCUGA